AUGUAUGGGGCCCUUGAGACACUACUGCUAGCUUUCUUUACUGAGAUACUUAGGUACUUUGACGGGUCUUGGAAAACAGGAGUUUCCAAGAGGCGGAAAGUAUUUCACGAUAUGUCUAUAUCGGUAGCAGAUACUGGUAGUUCGAAGCUGCCUAAAAAUAUUCCUUCCAAGAUUUUUAUUGGGCAGUUUGGUGCAGAUGGUUGGGCUACUAAAAGCGGUACAAAGAUGCUCUCCUUUGGUGAUACCGUGAGAAUUGAGCGGCAAAGAAUGCGGAUGGGAGAAAAUGUACCAAGUGCUGGGGGAAAAUCUAAAGGAAAGGCGUCCGCUGCAGAGAGUUCACAACAGGUCGGAGCAACAGGUAGCAAGUCUAUACCACUGAGACAGCGCAAGACUCAGGAUAUUAUCGUUCGAUUUACAAACUCUAGGGGAGAGGAAAUAGGCAGGCUCUCCCAAGAUACGGCUAGUUUUAUGUCAACUUUAAUUGAUCAGAGAAUUGCAUUCUUUGAGGGAAUCUGCAUCCAUGCUGCGGAAAAGAUCCGGACAAAUGAUACAAUAGAUUUGCAGCUUAACUGCUAUUUGUUGAAGGAAUCGUUUGAGAAUAGCAGCUUUCGCCCUGCGGAUACGAAUCGAGUUGCGGAUAUUUUUGCUGCUAAAGAAACUCAAGACGAGAGAGUUUUAAGGUUAAGGCAAGUGGCAUUGGUGAAGCUUUUUCAAAGGAUGAAUCUUGAACCCAAAUCCACAAACCUGGUUACGCAAAAGCACAAAGCUGCGGGAAUUCUCCAAGCUGCGGAAAUUGCGGAGCAACACGAAAUUACAAAUAUUAGUACAGCAAAUAAAGCUCGUAAAACUGUUACAAGUAGCGCAGUUGAUGAGUCUGGCGAUGAUGAGAACUCGGUUGUCGAAGGAAAGGAGUUGGAAGAAGAUCAGCUCAAUGCGCUUUAUGAGAAAGCGCAAUCUUUCAAUUCCGAUACUCCAGAAUCGGAGCCUGCUGACACUUUUGCAAUGAGUUUACGUCGGUACCAGAAACAGGCCUUGCACUGGUUUCUGAGCAAAGAGAAAAGUACGGAUUAUCGCGCAAACGAGUCAAUCCAUCCUUUGUGGGAGGAAUAUGAAUGGCCGAACACGGAGGAGGAUCAUAAAAGGGCUAUUCGUGACUUGGGUCAAGAUAAAUUUUACGUUAAUCCAUAUUCUGGAGAACUCUCUCUCAAAUUUCCGAAGCAGGAACAGAAUUGCUUGGGUGGUAUACUCGCUGAUGAGAUGGGUUUAGGUAAAACGAUCGAGAUGUUAAGCUUAAUACACACCCAUCGUCCUGAGCCUUCGGGCCCUACCCUACCCCCGGCCAAUAGUUUCGGCAGACUACAAAGACAGAGCGAAGGAGUAGUGUCAGCGCCGCUUACAACACUCGUUGUUGCCCCAAUGAGCCUGCUAGCCCAGUGGGAGUCUGAGGCUGAAGUAGCUUCAAAACCUGGAACUUUAAAGACUUUGGUUUACUAUGAUUCACAGAAGAAGCAGAAUCUCCAAACAUUUUGUAAUGCUUCAAAUGCUGGAAACGUACCAAAUCUUAUUAUAACCAGUUAUGGAGUGGUACUUUCAGAGUUUGGCCAAGUGGUCGCUUCUGGCGGAAAGCGUGGAGCACAUGGAGGUUUAUUUUCUGUAAAAUUUCUCCGCAUCAUACUUGAUGAAGCGCAUCAUAUCAAAAACAGGACAAGUAAAUCAGCAAAGGCUUGUUAUGAGCUCAGUGCAGAUCAUCGUUGGGUCCUUACAGGAACGCCUAUCGUCAAUCGGUUAGAAGAUCUUUUCAGUUUGGUAAGGUUUUUACGAGUUGAACCUUGGAGUAAUUUUUCCUUCUGGAAAACGUUUAUCACAGUACCCUUUGAAGAAAAAGACUUCAUAAGAGCUCUUGACGUCGUACAAACAGUCUUAGAGCCGCUAGUUCUACGGAGAACAAAAGAGAUGAAAACUCUUAAUGGAGAGCCUCUUGUUCCUCUUCCUAAGAAAACAACCGAGAUUGUAUACAUAAAGCUUUCCAAAGCGGAGCUCGAUGUCUACAGGCAUAUUGAGGCUAGGGCAAGGAGCGAUCUUGCUCGCAGUAUUGAGAUGGGAACGGUUUUGAAGUCGUAUACUAACAUAUUUGCACAUGUUCUCCGACUUAGACAAGCUUGUUGUCAUCCGAUAUUGAUUAGAAAGAAAGAGAUUUAUUCGGUUCAAGAAAAUGAUGCAUUGCCUAAUCUUUAUGGUGCAAAUGCUCUCAAAGAGAUUAGAGAUAAUGUAGAAAACGAAUGUCCCAUGUGUCUAUCGGAUCCGAUACCAGACCAAACUGUGACAGGCUGUUUACACGCGGCAUGCAAAGGCUGUUGGGUUCAAUUGAUUGAGACCGCGAAGGCUAAGCAAGAACUGCCUAAAUGCGUAAAGUGUCGUGAGCCAAUCAAUGAGCGGGAUCUUUUUGAAGUUAUAAGAAAUGAAUCUCCGGCCGAGGAAGUUGGUCAGCCUGAAAACUCUCAAGGUCAAGCCGAUAUAACUCUCCGCCGAAUCAAUUCUCGCUCGUCUGCAAAGGUCGAAAUGCUCAUUGAGAAAUUGUCGGAGACUGAGAGAUCUUGCCCGGAAAGAAAGAGUUGUGUUUUUUCCCAAUUCACAACCUUCCUUGAUAUUAUAGAAAAAGAACUGCAGAGGCGUCGAAUCAAAUUUCUCCGCUUUGAUGGAUCGAUGUCGCAGCAGAAGCGCGCUGAAGUUGUUAGUACUUUCAAAAUGGACCAGGGCCCUAAUAUUCUCCUUUUGAGCCUUAGGGCUGGUGGAGUAGGGCUCAACUUGACAACGGCAAGUCAAGUUUUCAUGAUGGACCCUUGGUGGAGCUUUGCCGUUGAAGCCCAAGCGAUCGAUAGAGUUCACAGAAUGGGUCAAACCUCCGAGGUGAUGGUGUAUAGGUUUGUUGUUGAAGGCACUGUGGAGGAGAGAAUAGUGCAUACCAUUCAAGCAAGGAAGAAGUUUAUCGCCUCCUCCCUAGGAAUGAUGAAUGAUGAAGAAAAGAAGAAAGCAAAAAUGGAGGAUAUCAAGAUUCUGCUUGGCAGAUAA